AUGAGCUACGGCCACGGCGGGGACGCGCAUCCCGGCUUCAUCCCCGUCCCCAAUGUGCCGCUCCUCACCAAUGACCAGAUGAGCUUCCACAAGGUGGAUGGCAAGUUGCUGCAUAUAUUCUGUACUAGUUUUCAGAUGACUCAAGAAGCAAAGGAUGGUCGAGACAAAGCAUUGGCUUUGAUGGACAAGAAGCUGUUUGGGAACCCGCAAGAAGCAUAA